AUGGACGAAUUCACUGUCGAUGCUUUCGUCAAUCGUGACGACCCUAUACCGGUCAUCUCCUUCGAUCCGCAAAAUGACCUUUCCGAUGAAGUCGAAGGCGACCUUUCGGACAGCGAGCGCAAGAGGGAUAGAUUGAAGAGACAUGGGAAGAACUUGAAGGAAAACAUGCGGAAAGUAACCGGGCAGAAGUCAGAACCUGGUACAAGCAUGCAGGAUCGGAUUCUGGAGAAGUUACUUCAGCAGGUGAUACCUGUCGAGGACCUCUCCUCCUCUCGUGCCGAAUCGUCUCCUGCUCUCGACUAUACCUCCCGCCCCUCCUUCUCCUUACCGACUAUGUCUGCGAACUUUCGCAGAUUCAAUGCUCGCAUUGGUGUGGUGUUUGUAUUCCAGUCGAAAGUCAUCCGACUCCUGUCCUGGAACACUCCAACACAUACACUCUCCUUCCUCGCUGUAUAUACAUUUAUCUGCCUCGAUCCAUAUCUCUUGACCGUUCUCCCAUUGGCCAUUCUCCUCCUCGCCCUCCUCAUCCCAUCAUUCAUCGCUCGACACCCUCCACCAACUACAAACGCAGCACAUGCUACAUAUGGCUACAGCACGGCAGGUCCACCAUUGGCACCUCCAGUAACUGUCAAGCCUGUGAAGGAGCUGAGUAAAGACUUCUUCCGAAAUAUGCGAGACUUGCAGAAUAGUAUGGAAGACUUCUCUCGAGUCCACGACCAAGUUCUCUCCAUACUUACUCCUGCCACGAAUUUUUCCAACGAACCACUAUCGAGUACCCUCUUCCUCUUCGGAUUCCUCGCAAUACUAGUCAUGCUCACAGCCUCCCACCUGCUACCCUGGCGUCUAAUAGUCCUAGGUAUUGGUUGGACGGUAACGGCACUGGGCCACCCCACCAUCCAAAAACAGAUGCACAGCGUCCACAAGCAACACAUCAUCCCCCGAGAAGUGCAAGCCAAAACCCUACUCGAUACCUGGAUAUCCCAAGACAUAAUCCUCGACUCAGCGCCCGAAACCCGCGAAGUAGAGAUCUUCGAACUGCAAAAGCUAUCCUCGGCAGGAGAAUGGGAAUCCUGGCUCUUCAGCUCCAGUCCCUACGAUCCCCUAAGCGAAAGCCGAAUUCGCCACGAGCGUCCGAAAGGUACUCGCUUCUUUGAAGACGUCCAGCCUCCCAAGGGCUGGGAAUGGAGCGAGAAGAAAUGGGCGCUUGAUCUGUGGUCCAGGGAGUGGGUUGAGGAGAGGAUCAUCACGGGCGUGGAGGUUGAGACGGAGGGCGAAAGGUGGGUUUAUGAUAUUCGAUACGAGUAUGAGGAUAGUGAUCAGGGACUUAUUUAUGGUGAGGAUGGGGAAGGUCCGGCGAGUCCGCCGCCGAAAAAGGGGAAGAAGAAGGCGUUGCCGACGUGGGAGGAGGGAAGCGAUGCUGAAUCCGAAGGGAGGGGACGGAGAGGAGAGUGGAGAAGGAGAAGGUGGGUCAGGAUGGUGAAGAGGAAAUGGCAGCCCAGGAGGUCGGUUUCUGAGGGGAGUCGGUAG